CUAACAAGGAGCUCUAUCAACAAAUGACAAUAACGCAGCCUAGAAUAUCGCCACUCUUAUGAGAGAGGAAUACAAAUUCUUUGGGUUUCAUCCGACCGUCCAGUGUUCCUGUUUGCUGGAUGCUGAGGGCUGGUCCGAACCAGCUCUUUAAGGUUCCAGCUCCGUGCCGAACCAGCGAUGAAGGCAUUACUCUCAUGCCUCUUCUUAUUAGGGUUACUCGCAACCGGAACGUUUGCGAAUGAGAUGCGAUUGAAACAAGAUGAAGCGAAUCGGCAACAAUGUUCUGGAAUGUACAGCCGGAAAGCUUGGGGAGGGGAACGGGACCCAUUUAUUCUGGCUGUAAUUGAAAAGGGCGAGCUAAAGAACCAGGAGGCUGAUCAUCUUGUUAGUGUGGUCAUAUUUGAGUGGAAAGACGAAAAUUUGAUUGGGAGAUAUCCUGAAGGUGACAAGGAGAAGGUGCAAAAGGAGCCCAUAUGUGACCAGGAAAACAUCGCAGCCAAACUGUGUACGCAGGAACAGCUAGGUUCAUUCAUCUUGGCUGAGAACGCUACGAAAAUAUCGAAGUCUCCGAUUGUUUCAACGGCCAUCAACCUAAAAGAUCCUAAGCCUAUAAACUAUCCCAUAGCCAAAACGGGAUUUUAUUGUGUUAGCACGUACGCUUUCUCUGGUGAUGACUACGAGGGCGUCGUAACCUUUAGCAAUUCGUACGGAGAGCUCCCAGCUCCCCAAAUUCCAAAGCUCCCAUUUUAUGGAGCUUUAACGAUCGUUUACGCAGUCAUUGGAAUUUUCUGGGCAUUUUUAUAUGUACAGAACCGACAUGAUAUCCUGCCCGUCCAAAAUUACAUCACAGCCAUCAUUGUGUUUCUCAUUGUGGAACAACUUAUGACCUGGGGUUUCUAUGACUAUCAAAAUCGACACGGUGCGAACGCUAUAGCCAAAGUGCUUAUGGUCAUUGUUGCUGUACUUAAUGCCGGGCGCAAUUCAUUCUCAUUUUUCUUGCUCCUAAUCGUUUGCAUGGGUUAUGGUGUUGUGAAACCUUCACUUGGCCGCACCAUGGUCUAUGUCCGAUUCCUUGCCAUUGGACACUUUUUCUUCGGUGUUAUAUACGCUGUGGCAAGUCUGUCCAUCACGCCUGAUAGUGCUGGGCCGUUAGUUCUUCUUGUGAUUCUCCCCCUUGCGGGAACGCUAACGGCGUUCUACGUGUGGACGCUGAACUCUUUGAGCGCGACGAUGAAAAAUUUAAUUGACAGAAAACAAAACGUGAAAGCUAUGAUGUAUAAGAAGUUAUGGUGGUGCAUCCUUGGCAGCAUUGUUGUUAUUUUCGGAUUCUUUUUUAUCAACUCCUUUGUCUUCGCGAGUCGCAACGUCGCAGACUUUGUUCCGGACCACUGGAAGUCAAGAUGGUUUGUACUGGAUGGUUGGCUCAAUAUUGUCUAUCUGUUCGAUAUUGCUUUUGUUGCGUACCUUUGGAGACCAACCGUGAAUAAUAGACGAUUCGCAAUGAGUGAUGAGAUUGCGCAAGACGAUGAUGGAUUUGAAAUUCGCUCAUUUGGCAGCUCGCUCGACGAGGAGAGGGUUGGUAUAACAGGAUCGGAUGAUACCGAAAGAGGUCAUUCUCCUGUUCGACCAAAACCUGCGGAAUCGUCGUCAAACCAAAACAGACACUCACUCGAUGGUGAAACAAUCUUCGCUGUUGGAGAAGACGGAGAUAAGUGGUCAGAUGACGAAUCGCCACGAAAUUCGACCGAAGGGAAAGGCUUGAUGAAAAAGGACAAUGACUGAUACCAAAGAAGCACUGUCUCGAUCCCUUUUAUAAUUUCGUUCAAUUUACCUAGUAUUCACCAAAUUAUAUUGACAUGGUUUACAGAAGGGGUUUUUUUGUUUGUUUUCUAUAUACGUUUUCCAUUUAUUUUAUUUAUUUUUCAUUUAUUUUAGUUUUUCUUAUUUUCAUAUUUGUACCAUGCCCUUUCCAUUGCAUUUCUUUCUUUUGGUUGAAUCGUGUUCGUCACAUAUUUCCACCUCUGAUACAUGAAUUUGAUUUAUGAAAAUCGUUCGCCGUUCGAUUGGCACUGAGUCUG